AUGCGGUCUUUAUCCGUCCUGCCGCUUCUCUCGACACUUGCCCUACUUCUCAACUACUCGCUCCACACAGCUGCAACCCCGCUUGCGCUUGAAGCAAACAUUUUCGAAGGAAACAAGCUCGAAAAGCGCUGUGCAAACCCAUGUGGCUAUAACGACUGGCUUUGCUGCGAGGCCGAUCAAACAUGCACUACCAACAGUGCUCAGGAGGCCGUCUGUGCAAAUGGCGGUAGUAGUGGCAGUGGAGGCUAUCAAUAUUUCACAACGACCUACACGCUCACCAAUACCGACCAGACAACGGUUACCUCGGUGUGGAGCAGCCAGAUAACCGCACCUCCAAGCACGGGCACGUGCAGAGUCGACCUCGGCGAGACAAAGUGCGGCUCGACUUGUUGCGAGGCUGCGCAAGAAUGUUCAGAAGGUCAAUGUGUCGCUGAGAGCUCUUCAAUUGUUGCUGUGACUGCUACAGGAACGGGAGGAGGAUCAGAAGCCACACCUCCCGUGCGAGGGACAACCAAUGGAGCUACCACCGUAACCGCAACCUCAGCCCCAACCACCACGGAGGGGUUCACAGCGCCAGUUGGAACGGACGGGGCAGAUUUGAUUGGGUCUAAAGCCGCUAGCAGUGGCGGACUGAGUGGUGGCGCCAUCGCAGGAAUUGUCAUCGGCAGUAUCAUCGGCGCGUUCUUGUUGGCACUCCUCUGUGCCUGCAUUUGCUUUAAAGGUGUUUUGGACGGCCUGCUUGCAGCACUCGGCAUCGGCAAGAAGCGCCGCAGACAGGAAACAACCUACAUCGAGGAGCGCCAUUCUCGCCAUUCUCGCCAUUCGAAUGGCAGUCGGCCUCCUCCUCCUCCCCCUCCUCCUGCCGGCUGGCAAACGUGGUUCGGAACCAGACCAGCUGAGGGAGGCAGCGAGGUUAGCGAAAAGGAAGACUCCAAAUGGGGCUUGGGCACAAUUGCCAUUAUUCUCGGUGCUCUUGCUCUGUGCUUGGGAUUGAAGAGGAAGAGAGAUAGAGAGCACGAUGACGACAAGACCGAGUCCUCCUACCCAAGUUCAUACUAUUACUAUUCCGACUAUUACUCGGGCACAGGGAGUAGCCAAAGUUCCGAUAGACGAACUAGAGAUACGCGACGGUCACGACGGUCGCGCACUCGCUCCGACCGUCCACGAUAA